UACUCUUCCUCCAACCCAAGCACCAGAUUCCUCGCCUCCGUCUCCGAGCGACAACAACCAGCGAGCAAUCAAGCCACUCCUGGUAGUAUAGAUCGACCCAUCAGCAGGCGAAGAGGGUACGAUGGCUCGGCAGCAAGGUGUCGUGGCGCUUCCGUUGUUGUUGGCGGCGGUGCUUCUCGCCGGCUGCCUGCCGAGUCCAGCCGCCGCGGGGGUGCUCCUGUCCACGCUGACCAGGGCGCUCGCCGUCACCGCCUCCCCCAGUCCCGGCCAAGUUCUGCACGCCGGCGAGGACACGAUCAAGGUGACCUGGUCCCUGAACACGACGGAGCCGGCCGGCAACGACGCCGCCUACAAGAACGUCAAGGUGAACCUGUGUUACGCGCCGGUGAGCCAGAAGGACCGCGGGUGGCGCAAGUCCAACGACGACCUGAGCAAGGACAAGGCGUGCCAGUUCAAGGUCACACAGCAGGCGUACACCGCCGGCGCCGCCGGCAGCUUCGAAUACCUCCUCGCCCGCGACAUCCCCACGGGUUCCUACUACGUUCGCGCCUACGCGCUGGACGCGUCGGGGACGCAGGUGGCCUACGGACAGACAGGCCCCGCCGCCGCCUUCGACAUCGCCGGCAUCACGGGCAUCCACACGUCCAUCAAGGUCGCCGCCGGCGUGUUCUCCGCGUUCUCCGUGGUCUCGCUCGCAUUCUUCUUCGUCAUUGAGAGCCGCAAGAAGAACAAUUAGAGGACGGACGCGCCAGGUUGUCCGCGCAUGUGUGUCACUUCUCCCGGUGUUACAUGUGACGGAGCCAUGACACCCACUGCACGAAAAUAUUAGGUGUGCCUAUGACACUAUAUGUACUGGUAUUUGUGAAUUUUCACUCAACAGAAAACUCAGCUAUAACAACAUCUGAGAUUUUUUUUGGUUCUGUGACACCAAAAACCCCCUUAGCUCCGCCUAUGAUUACAUACUACUGAAAAUUGUAGCCGUAAUUGUCAGAGUUGCAUCCAUUGAUGGAUACAUACAUGGCUGUAACCAUUUUGAUGUGUGCACUUUUUUCCUUGUCGUGUCCGUGAAAAAUAUGAAAUAAUUCGUUUACGAUAAA